GCAGACAACCAUGGCGACGGUGGCGGAGAAGUCAACGAAAGAGCGGCUGCUGUCUGUGCUGGAUGACUUGGAGGUUUUAUCCCGGGAGCUGAUAGAGAUGCUAGCUCUGUCCAGGGGCCAGAAACUGCCACAGCCGGGAGAGGACGCUCAGAUCCUGGAGCUGCUGGUGCAGAGGGACAGGGAGUUCCAGGAGCUGAUGGAGGUGGCUCAGCAGCAGGGGAAGGUGCACCAGGAGAUGCAGCUGCUGGAGAAGGAGGUGGAGAAGAGAGACAGCGACAUCCAGCAGCUCCAGAAGCAGCUGAAGGAGGCCGAACACAUCCUGGCCACUGCUGUUUACCAGGCCAAAGAGAAACUCAAAUCCAUUGACAAAGCCAGGAAAGGAAGCAUCUCAUCAGAAGAAAUCAUCAAAUACGCUCACAGGAUCAGCGCCAGUAACGCUGUGUGUGCUCCUCUCAACUGGGUGCCAGGUGAUCCACGCCGACCCUACCCCACGGACCUGGAAAUGCGCAGCGGCAUGCUGGGUCACAUGGCCAACCUGCCGACCAACGGUGUGAACGGACACCUGCCGGGAGACGCUCUGGCUGCUGGAAGGUUGCCAGACGUCCUGACGCCUCACUACCCCUGGCAGUCGUCGGACGUCUCGGUGGGGAUGCUGCCUCCUCACCACGGCAACGACUUCGGCCUGGAGCCUCCGGGUCACAACAAGGAGAACGAGGACGACGUGGAGGCCAUGUCGACCGAUUCCUCCAGCAGCAGCAGCGAUUCCGACUGAAGAACAAGGACAGAGUGUGUGUAUUCGUGUGUGUGUGUGUGUGUGAGAGAGAGAGAGAGCUCACCACUGAGCAACAUCCAAUCAAAUAUCUUCACCUUUUGGUUAUUUGAAUUUAACCCAAUUUAAGACUCAAACAUCACACCAUCCUCUACAUGACUGUCUGUAGAUAAAACUUCCUGUACAGAGGCUGAUUCAAUCUGCUGCCUCUGCUUCUCAGUCAUGGAGGAGCUCAUUCAUUUAAAGUGGAAUAUACCGGCGGCACUCCGUCAUUAUGUCAGCUGAGGUCUGUGCUUCCACCAUCCUUUAUUACAAAAGUACCAGCAUUAUUUAAAUUGUGUAGAAUGAGUCAGUUUGUAAGAAUAGCAUCUAGUUCUCCACGUGGGCUCUUUCCCAAAGUUCAGUUUUAACAUCUCUUGUCGUGGGUGUUUAAUAAUGUAUGAUACAUAUAAUAACUGAGGACAGUUGUUUCAUCAUGUUGUGGACAAACAGAUUGUGUGCUGUGAGUCUCUGUGAGCUGAAGGACCCGGGUGGAUGUUAAAGGUUUUAAACUGUGAGUGAAGGGUUGUCGGUGAGCCUGUGUGUUCCCUCUGUGACGUUCAGGGUCGUAUCUUCGCGGCUCAGAACAGACCUCUGGAGUUUCUACUGCUGGUGUUUGAAGGAGGGAGGGAGUCAGUGUCUCAGGGAUCCAUCUUAAGUUUUUAAAGGAACAGUUCCACAUUUUGGUAAAUCUGCUUAUUUAGAGUCAGGUGAGGAAACUGACACCACUGUCAUAUCUGUACAGUGAAUAUGAAGCUGCAGCCAGUUAGCUUAGCAUAAAGACUUACUUAAUC